AUUGGUUCCGCUCCGCCGCUCCGUCUUCCGCCGUCCACCGACCCACCGCUCCGAGCGCCGUAACAUGCAUGUGCGCGCCAUAGCAUGUAGAGCGGGAAGCAUCAGUGUGGUUCGCGCGCGCAUGGGCGUGCUGGUGGGUCGCAGCGGGAGGAUCGGGCGCCGGGGGAUGUCUUCAUCGGCCCAUACAGGUCCACCUUCCCCACAAUCGCAAUCAGCGUCCACACCAUCACCUAAAGAGUUGCGGAAAUCGGAGCUGCAAGCCAAGCGCGCCAUGUCCCUCACACCUGUGUUCAAAUACAUUAACGCCGAAGAAAUGGCGGCUAUCAUCAAGCAGAAUCCCGCAGGAGUGGGGAAGGAGUGGGCAGUUGUUGAUGUGCGCGAUGACGACUUUGCGGGUGGCAACAUUGUCGGGGCGCUCAACUAUCCCAGCGACACUUUCAUGGCUAAGAUUGACGAACUAGUGAAGCGCAUGGAAGGAGUGCCCAAAGUCGUCUUCCAUUGCGCCCUCUCACAAGUUCGCGGGCCAAAGGCAGCACGACGCUAUGCCGAGGCGCGCCAGCUCAUUCUGAAGGACACUGCACCGGCGCAGGAAGUUCUGGUGCUCCGCGAGGGUUUCACCGGUUUCCAGUCGCGGUACCGCAACGACCAGACGCUCGUGGAAAAGUUCAACAAGUACUAUCACGACUAGGUGAACGGUCAGGCAGAGUCCGCGUCAGAUGCAUACAUCAUGGUCCAGAUGCGCCG